AUGUCACAUCCAACUCAACGAGAACCGUUUAGAAAGGGAUCUUUGUUAGAGGCGACUCAAUUUUUAUUUUUAACUUGGCCCAAUCUCAUUCAAAAGAAAAUACUUUUUCAUUUUUUAGAUCAACCAGAGUAUCAUAUUUCCAACCACUCUAUCGUCAUUGCAUGUGAUCAAGAUAUCAAACCGGAGGAUUUAUCGUUUGUCAUGUCAAGAUCAACAGUAUGCGGAAUUGAAAUUAAUCAAUACACCAGCCUAAAGAACGCAUCUCGAUUCGCCAAUCUUGUCCAAAAUGUUGUAUCUCUCCGUGGCUCUUUGAGAGUUCCAUUUUCAUCUGUCACCAGAUUAGAUGUUGAUAUACUCCAAACCAAUGAAAAGAUAUCAUCAUGGUUGACUCCAUCCAUAUUCCCGUCACUCCAAAUACUUGUCGUCAAUGGAACUAGUUCGGCCCAUGACGAUCAAAUAUUGAGUUCGGUUGUUGUCCAAGUAAACCUGUUCCCAACUCCUCUAGAGUCAUUUGCCACCGACCAAGGAUACGCUUGUUUGGGAAGUAUUCGUGCAAAGAGUUUGACAUUUGGAAAAUGUAAACGGUUGAAUUUCUCAAAGAAUUCUUGUAUCGACAGUCUCAUGAUGCAAUUUACUCAUUCAGUAGAAUCAAAAUUUGCUAUUUUGCUCCCACCCAAAUUAAAAGUAUUGUAUGUUAUCAACGAGUAUUUUGGCUUUUUGGGGAAUUGGAUGAAAUCCAAUUAUCUUUCAGAUGUAGCUAUCAGGAUCUUAUCACUGGCCAAUUCAUUUCCAUCUGAGGAUUUUGAUUGGAUCCAAAAUAAAAGAGGUAUAAGAGAAUUGUCUUUGUCUGUAUUAGGUGGCCGUGCAAUAGAUGAAGAAACAACUAAAAUGAUACUCGACCAAUUGUAUCGUAGACAUGUCAACAAUAUAAAACCAAUUGAAAUGAUUAUAGGUUUGAAAAUUGUUGAUUCUCAAAUCCCACCAUAUCUAUCAACUAUUUAUGAUAUCUACCAACAUUCUCUCCAAGCUAAAUAUUAA